CACACUUGCACUUUGUUCCCCCCAAAAAAUACAGAGAAAUUUCAGGCACAAUCUGGGCCAAGCUGAAAGGUUCUGAUUUUGAUGUUAAACACAAUGAAGAUGGCCUGUUUUCUCUUUGUGGCCCUCCUGUGCUUUCUGACUCCUAUCCACCAAGCUGAACCUAACAGUGCCACCAUCUCAGAUCUCUCCUUCAAAAAUAUGGACUUUGCCAUGAACCUUUACAGAAAGAUAUCCAGUUACAACGACAAGAACAUCUUUUUUUCCCCCCUGAGUAUCUCUACUAGUUUUGCGGCUCUUCUAAUGGCUUCUGAUGGUGUCACACACAAGGAGAUCCUGAAGGUACUAAACCUGGAGGCGCUGGAGAGGGCCGACCAGCCGGAUCUUAUCCCUAAACUAUUUCAACUCCUUCACGAGAACGUCACGCAAAACGGAUCGCUGAAAUUUGAUCAUAGCAUGGCCUUGUUUAUCCAACCCCAAUUUAUCAUAGAGAGGGAGUUUGAAACCAAAAUCAAUAAGUUUUUUAAUGCAGAUAUCAAAACUGUUGAUUUUGCGGACACAACAGAGAGUAUCAGAGUAAUCAAUGAGUACAUUAGGGACAAGACUGGAGGCAAGAUUACAGAGAUGAUUUCAGCCUUGGACGAACAGACCAAACUCCUGUUAAUGAAUGCAAUUUUCUUUCAAGGAGCCUGGAAGAUGCCUUUCAACUCCAAUUUGACUCGAAAUGCACCCUUCUACAUCGAUAAUUAUAAUAUUGUGCAGGUGCCUAUGAUGUUUAAAGAAGACAAGUACUACACUGCAGAAGAUGUUUCUCUGAGAGCCAAAGUGCUGAAACUGCCAUACCAAGAGGGUGUUUCCAUGCUUAUCCUGCUCCCCAACCCAGACAUGGACUACACUAUGGUGGAUGAUGAGAUUACUGCAGAGAGGUUUCAGAGCUGGAUCGCAAAACUGAGAAAAAUGAAACUAGAAGUCAAGAUGCCCAAAUUCAACAUGGAGCAGUCGUAUUCCCUGCAUAAUCUCCUACCGGAUAUGGGCAUGACCAGUGUCUUUAAUAAUUUGUCCAAUUUGACAAAGCUCAGUGAGGACAAAGGGCUCAAGCUGUCAGAGGUGCUUCACAAGGCCAUGGUUGAUGUGGAUGAGACAGGAACAACUGCAGCAGCUGCCACAACAAUCGGUAUCAUUCCAUACUCCCUGCCGAGGACCUUCACUAUAAACAGACCCUUCUUCUUCUUCAUAUACCAUGAAAACACAAACUGCCUGCUGUUCAUGGGGAGGGUGAUUGACCCCACCAAAAAAUAGUUUUGCCACUGUAAUGUGUUCAUUCUUAAGUGGCUUCUACAUGACUAAUUUGGUGGAUGUUUUAAUCCCAGACAGUUUAAAGCUUGUUUUUUUCUGUUCUGUUCCUACAACAUAAUUCACCAAUAAUAAUAAAGACGUCACCUGCAUCACAAA